AUGGCUACUCUUAGUGAGUUUCUCCAGAGUUUGAGACAAAGCCUCAACAACAAAGUCCAACAAACUACGUAUGGAGAUGCUCAGGAUGGAGUCACAGAAGACGAAAUUGCUCAGUUUGAAGGUGCAAGAAGAUUGCCCUCUGAGAUCAUCCAGAAGAUUCUUUCCUUUUUGGAUGCUUCUUCCCUCUUUAAUGUCAGCUUUGUCAACAAGCAGUUUCAUGAUCUGGCUAAUAACAAUGCUCUGUGGUAUGCAUUGUACGCUGGUGAGAUCGAGAAGAAAAUGUGGAGGCCCCAAGUGGGUGUGAUGAAAGAAGGCCUGAGCACUGCAAGUGUGCAAGAGAAACCUGUGGGAUACUUUAAGAAGCUGCUGCUCAAGCACAUGGCUGGCUACAGGCACACCAUGUGGAAAAUGGAGCUAAGAUACACGAACCCCCACACAGGCAUGCCAGUUUUGACAGAGCAAGUUCUCAGACAACUGGUGUUUGACAGGAGGUUGCACAUUCAGUGGGAGAUCACACUCACACAAAAGAACGGAUGCACGACUGUCUAUGAGCAGACACACACCUUCUUUGAGGAUUCAUCGGUUACAGUGUGCUGGAUCCAUGGUAUCUGGCCGAAAAUAUACAAUCUUGCUUCAAUACAACUUCAUGGAAUAAUGACUCCAACACUGCUUGCUACUGGAGACAGGUGGCGUUCUUUGAUUCACAAAACAAAGUUGAGUAGAUCAGUACAAUGGUCGUUUCGAUCUGACACACUUGUGAAGUUGCUGCAGUUUGAUAAAGGCAUCUCUGUUGGAGUCUGGCGGGGCAAUUGGAAAAUUGCUUUUAUCAUGGUGAACCUGCACUUCCACAAACUGAUUGAAAGAAGCCUACUUGGGUCAAGAUUUUGUCCCUACAUGCCCACAGAGGACAAUUCUGUGGACCCAGACUCUGGUCACCAUGGAUACUCCCUUCACAUUGCGCUUCAUAAUCCAGUUCGGCAAAUCAUGUGCGGCCAUUUCCCCAGACUGUUGAACAGCAGAGGUAAACUACAACAUGGGCAUUUUAACAACUUUUUAAAGCCUAAUCUGCUAAUUGAAGACAAUAGACGUUUUUCACAGACUGUGAUGAAGCGUUUCCUCCUAAUUUACAAUAUUCCAGUGACAUCUGAGGAGGACUAUUUACGGUUGGAUGCCAUUGAUUUCACUGAUGUGUCAAAGCACAUACCUGUAGGGAAAAUCAAUCUUCCAUGGCAAGCCAAGGGACUGCAGGGAGCUGUUGAGCACUGCUGUAUGAUGACGCUGACUGUUCUUGAUGAGGGUCAGCGUCCCUUCUGGUGUGUGAGUUCUCCUGUUAAGAUGGCCAUUAAACACCAAAGAUUGUUGCGCUCAGGCUGCGAAGGUAAACAGUUCUACAUCUUUUACGAGGAUGCGGAGGGGAAGGUCAAAAUGGUCUUCGAGUGGAUGGAGGAGAUUCAGCACCACUUUUUGGUGCAACUAAUCAUUAUAUUUCCAACAGCCAAAGUGAAGAAGCAAGUUGGGGGAGAAUGUUGAAAAUUACGAUAUGUUUAAUUUUGUUUAGAAAAGAUUCUUGCAGUUCUUUGAGUUGUAAAUAUCUAAAGAUAAUUUUGCAAUUAUUUUGUAUAUUUUUUUCCAAGGCAAUUUCAUCUGUUUCUUGUUGAUGAAAAAUGUUUUGUUUUGCUGAGUUUUUGGGACUUUUAGUUGAGUGUUUUCAGUUUUGUUCAAAGUCCUGAAAUAUGUCAGGAAGUGUUUAAUUGGAAGUUCUACAACUAAGCACUUUUAUUUUUAGUUCAAGUUUAAUGUCUUAUUUUUUAUUAAGUGAUUUAUUAAAGCAUCUUGUUUUUCGAGGCUAUUAAAAUUGUCAUGAAUAUAGUUCUGGCAGUCAAUAACACAAUGCUGUUUACUGUGUAACUAAACUCAGAUAGUUAACCCAAAUGUUGUAUUUAUAUGAAUGAUUUAUUACUCAGUGGCAUUUAUGUGAAGGUCAUUCAAGUAAUGAAGUGAUACUUGUUGAAACACUGUGCCUGUUCUAUUUUGAAUGGUAUUGACUGAUAUAGAGACAUGAUUUACAAUGUUCUGUAAAAUGUUUAAUUAGA